UGGGAGGUGUGGAUGGGCCUUUGGGCCCCGCUGGGCGGGCGCUGGGGCUUUACCUCCAAGGCAGAUCCUCAGGGAAGUGACCAGAUUACUGCUGAGGUGAUUGAGCCCCUGGACUCACUAUUGUUUGUGGACUUUGGAAUGGCAUGGCUGGAGAAAGCCAUUGCCUUUGCCCACGGGCUCUACACUGUGGACGCUGAUGUGCUGGAGCCCAUGGAGUCAGUCCUGGAGUACAGAUGUCUAUACCUGAGAUCUGACAAUGUAGAAGAGGGCAACUGUGUUGAAGAAUUACAAAACUCCCAUCACGUCGUGGAGAAGUAUUUUGUGCUCCCUCGCCCACCUCCCACCCCCCCGCCCCGCCCCACCAGUAAUGUCUCUGCCAAAGCUGGAUGAACAAGAGCCUUUCCCACACAGCCAAGUAGCUCAUUCUGGAAAGAGGGUACUCUGGGAACACAUGGAAGCAUAAUGACAAUAUUUUCUUUACUGUGAACGCUAAUCUACCUACUUUUUCUACUCACCCGAAAAAUGGAUACUUAAGCAUUUUUUAAUAACAGACUCUUCUGAAGAGAGAAUUGGGAAAGAUCCAACCCCAACAAGGUACUGAGUUCUUGAUGCUAACUGAAGUAAAAGGAAAGCAAAAGUCAGCUUCCAAGGAAAUAGCUUCUGAGGUAUUCACUUAACAGGCCUGUUCCGUACAGAAGACACUAUUUAUCCCCCUUUACCUCCCUCCAAGCACUCUACCAACUGCAUGAAAGUGAACUUUUCUGCCUACGUAACUAGUAGACGGAGUGUCUUGAUCACUACGUGACAACCUUGGCUGUCAUUUUUAGCUGCUAUUUGUAUUGAUUUGAACAGCCCUGUCUUUACUGAACAUACCUGAAUUUGUUGCUAGGUACCCAAUUUGUUCUUAGAAAAGGGCUAGCUUUCUGCUAUGGUCUGAAGUGUUCAAAGUAGACUAGAGCUUGGAAACUCCUAAUCUAGAACCGUCUGCCAUCCCACAAAAGAAUUAUAUGCAAAAGGGAUACUAGUCAUA